AUGUCUUCAUUAAGCAACGCUCAGUAUGUUGAGCACAAUUUAACAACCCUGUCUGAACCAGGAAGAAUUGGUUUAUCCAAAUUUCAAGCCACCAAAGUCCGACCCGUAACCAACAAUUACGUGGAACUGAGAUUUGGCUUCCAAAACUACCAUUAUCAGGUGGAAAUCCCAUACGCCGGAAGCACUCUCAAUUGGAGUAUCAUUUUUGAUCUGGAAGACUACGGGGAACUGCCAGAUUUCGAAUUCGAUGACGAGACCUUUCUGCCAGAGCCCAACGUUGAAUUAAUUGCCAAUGAGAUUCCAAGUUGGGACAUGUGGGACUUGACCAAUCCCCUAGCUGUUACGAAUAUUUUAAACGAGUUUUUGGCUCUCUACAAAAAAACACAAUUGGAAAAAUUGAUGAAGUUUUCCCAUAUUAACAAGGAGUAUGAGGAUUUAUUGAACAAAUUUGGAUUGUCUUCUGAUAGCAUUGAGGUGCUCAUUGAAAAAAAACCAGGAAACAUCAACUACAGAGGAUAUGAUUUGAUUAACUUUUUAGUGCACUUACCAGUUGAUUUCAAAAAAUCGCCAUACUAUCAACAGGAAGCUGAAAAUCUUGGUAAUCCUGGUGAGGAUUUUGUGUAUAUCAAGGUUCAAAUUCGGAUAAGACCUGAUAACGAAGAACAACCAAGAAAAAUAUUUUUGAACACGGUAUCUCCCAGAGUUCAACAACUUUUGGAAACAUUGGAAUUUCCAAAAUUUUCGAAUAGAGAUUCUCUAUCCACUUAUACUGGAAUGGUACAAGACUUCAUCGAAUCUAAUAUUAAAUAA